AUGAGCAAUAGUUCCAGUUUGUUUCAGGCGCGGGAUAGCUUCGUGGAAACUGUCAACAAGGAUCUAUCUCGGAAUCAGGACCACUUCCUCGACGUCGUGCAAGACGACAUCUCCCGGGCAAUUUCUGGCUCCCGACGGCCGUCAAGCGUUGAUCCGCCAAUACCGCUACCCAGUAGCAAUAGCAAGAAGAGCGAUGAAGAAGUGUCAGUGUCGGUGAAAAUUCUGGAGAAGCACGUCAUAGAUCCGUCAAAGAUAGAAGUUGCCAGCGUUGCCUACAUGAUCAUCUUUGGCUCGAGCGCCAACAAUUUCGUCGACGGAAUGAGCAUGGGUGCUGCCUUCUCGGACAGCCUUCUUCGUGGUCUCAGUAUUGGAGUCGCAGUCGUAUCACAGCAGUUUCCACAAGAGCUAGGUACGCUUGCCAUUCUCAUCAACUCUGGACUGGGCUAUCGACGAGCAAUGCUGUUCAAUCUGAUCCCCAUCUUUCUCAGCUACCUCGGUUUCAUCUUCGGUGUACUGCUCGAUAAUGUCGACGAAGAUUACGACGAGUUUAUCUUCUCAAUAUCGUCUGGAAUGUACUUGUACAUUUUUCUGGGAACACUGGUGAGCUUUAUGAUCUGUUCGCUCAGCUUGAAUGGUGUGGAAACAACAGAAGUGAGACAUCUAGUCUCUUAG